AACAAAGAACAGUCCACUACGAAACGAUACCGUAAUCAAGAGCAAAAUUAUCGAAGGGAACCUUCUUCUUCCUUGGUCAAUUUCUUCACGCUCAUCAAAGGUUUAAAUUCAAACUUAAUUCAACACAAAAGAAUAAAUUUUGUUUCCUCGAGAAUCUACGGAUCAUUUUCAGAAGAAAAACAUUUGAAUAAUAUGAAACUCCUAAAAACCUGGGUCCUGUUUCUGUUCCUUCUGAUUACGAUCCAAUCUAAGGCGUGGUUGGGGGUUAAAGCUCAAACUUCAAAGGAUGAAGCUUAUGUGACACUACUUUACGGAGAUGAGUUUCUAUUGGGGGUUAGGGUUUUGGGGAAAUCUAUAAAGAACACUGGGUCAUCUAAAGACAUGGUUGUUUUGGUCUCUGAUGGCGUCUCUGAUUAUUCCAAGAGACUUCUCAAGGCUGAUGGGUGGAUAGUGGAGAGGAUAAGUUUAUUGGAGAAUCCAAAUCAAGUUCGGCCAACGAGGUUUUGGGGUGUCUACACCAAAUUGAAAAUUUUUAAUAUGACUAACUACAAGAAAGUUGUGUAUCUUGAUGCGGAUACUAUAGUAGUCAAAAGCAUUGAAGAUUUGUUUCAAUGUGAGAAAUUCUGUGCCAAUUUGAAGCAUUCUGAGAGGCUGAAUUCAGGAGUCAUGGUAGUGGAACCAUCUAAAGCUAUUUUCAAUGACAUGAUAGCCAAAGUUAAAAGUUUGCCUUCUUAUACUGGAGGAGAUCAAGGGUUUCUGAAUUCUUACUACCCUGAUUUUCCAAAUGCACAUGUUUUUGAUCCUAAUAUGCCUCUGGAUGUGUUGAAAUCCCGACCCACUCCUAAGAUGGAGCGUCUCUCCACUCUAUAUAAUGCAGAUGUUGGUCUUUACAUGCUUGCCAACAAGUGGAUGGUAGAUGAGAGUGAACUUCGUGUUAUUCACUAUACUCUUGGUCCUCUUAAACCUUGGGAUUGGUGGACAUCUUGGCUCUUAAAACCAGUUGAUGUCUGGCAGAAUGUUAGGGAACAGCUUGAAGAAUCACUUCCUGGAACUGGUGGAGGCAAAAAUCCGAAUGACGAGCUUCUGAUCAAACUCCUCUUUGUUUUACCUUUAUGUGCUCUACUUUUUUGGUACUAUCGUUCUUUCCUUCAGAUAAGGGUUUCAAUUUGCAGAACUUUAUUGGGCAAUCAGAUCAGACACCUUUACUACAUAAUUAGGUCAAGCAGAAUAACUGCUUACACAAGUGUUUCUUCGUCUUCCACCAUUAAUGCAAACAAUCAGUUUUCUAACAGCGGAGAGACCAAGGUGCCGCACUACCUUGGUGGGAUUUCAAUUCUCGUUUCUUUUAUGGCUGCUGUGGUGUCCCUUGGAUUUGGUAUAGCAAUUGUGCCUCGACAAGUGAUGCCGUGGACUGGUUUGCUUUUGAUGUAUGAGUGGACAUUUACUACCUUCUUUCUUUUGUUCGGAGCUUUUCUUCAUUUGAUUUAUCAAUGGGGAAGGAGAACGGCAACUCCAUCAGGAUCAGUUUCCUCUUAUACGGAUUCUUUUGAUUCGGAUACUCAAAAAGGUCAUCAGCGGCAUGCAUCCUCUUGUGAUGUUACAACUUGGUACUACGGGCUCGGGAUGGCGUUUUUGGCUAUAGCUGCCCCAUCCUUACCAUGUAUUUUUGGGAUCACUGCUCUUUUCUUGAGAUUGGGUCUAAUGGUGGUUGGAGGGCUUAUUUUAGCUUCUUUCAUGGCAUAUGCAUCGGAGCAUCUUGCGAUCCGCUCGUUCUCGAAAGGUCUUGAACACCGGGACUCCACACCCUCAAGAAGUGCAUGUUUCCUGUGUUGAUACCAAGCUUUUGUAAGUUAUCGAAUAUAUUAUCAGGCUCAGUCAGAGACGGGUGUCGGAUACAGAAAAUGAAGAUGGAUGGAUCGCUCACGUUGGAAUAUGUAUGGAGCACAUGAAUGCUCCAAGGAAAACGAAGAAUCUCGGUAACAUUCGCUAAUAGCUUUAUUUUCUGUUUAAUUUGUAUUUUAUGUAACAUACAAUUACAAUGGUUGAUGUGUGUAUCGUUGCAGAAAAAUGUCAAAUUAGAAUUUAAAAAAUUAUUUU